AUGGAGUACCCGCCCUUGGAGAAGUACGUCGGGAUCGACUGCGAGACCGUCUCUGUCCGGGGUGGGUCCGCACUCGCCAAAGUAGCCAUCAUAGAUUACAAAGGCGAGGUCCUCCUCCUAUCUCAUGUCUGGGUCCAUCCCAAAAACGUAGUCAGCUGGGUGACGAAUAUAACGGGUCUGAAGCCUGGUGAUCUGGACGGUGCUCCGACAUUCGAACAGAUCCAACCCAAAAUAGAAGCGGUCCUAGAAGGGAAGAUCAUCAUCGGCCAUGCAGUCUUUAACGACCUCGCUGCUAUUCAACAUCAACACCCGUACGAGGACGUCCGGGAUACAGCCCUCUACUAUCCCCUUCGGAAACUUAUGGGGAUAGAUAGAGAGGGGGAGUUGCCGAGUCUGAAGAAGAUGACGGCGAAGGUGUUGGGGAAGGAGAUUCAGGGUGGGGUGCAUGAUCCGAUCGAAGACGCCAAAGCCUCGAUCGACAUCUUCCUGACCGUACGAGAAGAGUACGAGACAUUGCUCGCGAAGGGAGGAGAGAUCUCGGGGAUGCCCCCAAGCUACGCCAAGUGGUAUUGGUAG